AACAUCAUGAAGCUGUUGCCGCGCAGGGCGCUGGAGGGGCUCGUGGCCUGCGCUUCUUUAUGCAUCUGCCUUGCUUUAUCCGAAGAUCUUGGUACAGAAGGAUUGAGCUCCACGUCUUUAGCAGACUUUACAGCAGUGUCCCAGAUAGAGUCUCUGGAAUCCAUUGAACAGACGAACUUGAAGGUGCCCGAGUCUGACCUUGUCCCCAGUGCCCUGCAAGCUGCACCUGGAUCAGGCUUUGCCAGUGAGGAAAACGAAGAUCCCAAGAUUCUUCAGUCCCAGUAUUUUUGGGAAGAGGGUGGAGACCUCAAUGACUCCAGCUUGUAUCCUGGAGCAACACCAGAUUACAAUUUUCCACUUGCCUCCCAGAAGGCCCUGCCUAAAGGAAAUAUGACACAGGCUAAAAACCAGUGGGAAGUGCCUGCUCUUCAUCAGGCAUUAGAUUCUGCUCAACCUGAUUCUGAAGCACCUUCCACCAGCACCCUUGAGGAGGAAGAAGGGCUUCUCCCUAUAAACCAGUCAAAAGGAACUCUUCAGGACAACCAAAGACCAAAGGUCAUUUUUCCUGAUACAGCUGGGCAGGACUCAUUGUACUCCAUCCUUUUGUCCACAGCCACCAGCAGAAUGAGUGCAGUGACUGGGGGUGUUGGGAGCAAACAAGAGGAAGACUCUACCCCUGAGCAUGCUUCCUCAGGCUUUGACUUAGGGAGCAGCAUGGGACCCAGUCUCUUGCCUCUGUCCUCUGUUCUGUCAGCCACUCCUGAAGGACCACAGGGUGUCUCUCAGGUCUCCUUAAAGAGCACUUCAGAAAGUACAGUGGCUGUUGUAGGAGCAGGAAGAGAACGAGCAGAGGUUACAGCUACAGUGAAAGCUGAUGAGAAAGAAGUGGAAACUACAAUGAGAGAGGAAAGGCCCAAGUCCACCUCAGGAGCUGGACUAAGUCAAACAGAUUCCACAGUGAGAUCAGUGUUCAUAGAGUCCACAGAAACAGCUGAAAUAGAGCAGACUAAUGAAGAUCUCCUAUUAACAGCAUCUCGUGGAGAUGGCUUCCAAGUAACAGAGACUGUUUCCAGGUCUCCUGGCAACCCACCAAGCCCAAGUUCUUCAGUGGAUUGGACUGAUAAGCCUGCUCCUACCCCUACUCCUGCCUGGAACAGCACAAAGCUGCCAGUCACAGCAACUGCUACUGCAGAACGGAGCUUAGCGCCACAGACGAGAGAUGACCACAUAACAGUGUUGUCUACGGGAGUGCCCUGGAGUUUGCCACAGGUGACCUGUAAAGACUGGAGCAACCUGGCAGGCAAAAACUACAUCAUCCUGAACAUGUCUGAUAACAUUGACUGUGAGGAGUUCCGACUGGAAAGGGGACCCCAGUUGCUGGCCCUGGUAGAGGAGGCUUUCUCCAGAUUUGAUAAUGGCUUGCAGAACCAAUGGUGGAUCUCCCUAAGCAAACCCAAUGAGAAUGAUAAACACCUGCUAAUGACUUUGGCAGGAGAGCAUGGGGUUGUCCCAACCAGUGAUGUUCUCCUGGCCCUAGAGGACAUGAGGAGAAGCUUAGCUGAGAUCGGAAUCCAGAACUAUACAACCACAACAAGUUGCCAGUCACGUCCCAGCCAGACUCACAGUGACUAUGGGAAGCUCUUUGUGGUGUUGGUUAUUAUUGGCUCAGUCUGUGUCAUCAUCAUCAUUAUGGGAUUGAUCUACAAUUGCUGGCAGAGGCGCUUGCCCAAGAUGAAGAACAUGUCACAUGGCGAGGAGCUACGCUUUGUUGAGAAUGGAUGCCAUGACAAUCCUACCUUGGAUGUAGCUAGUGACAGCCAAUCAGAAAUGCAAGAAAAGAAGCCAAGCGUGAAUGGUGGAGCAUCUGUUAAUGGUCCCGAGAGCUGGAAUGUCCUCAUUAACAAGCGGGCAGGUGAAGAGGGUGAUACAUUUGAAGAAGAUACACACCUUUAA